CUAUAAUAAAAUCACCUUUUUGCACCAAAAACGUCUCAAGAAUUCUUUCCUGGCCCUUUGCUCACGGAGUCCACUUCAAAUUUCAUCACUAUGUCUCCAGCUGCCUUCUUCCUGUCCUUCAACAAACCCUUUUUGAAAAAUGGGCAUCGCCCAGCCUACGGUAAAUUUCAGUGGGAAGAAGAUGCCUUGCCAACAGAUUAAAACACUUUUAAACCAAAGACCUGAUCCUUUUCUCUUGCCUCCACCCACCACCCCCCACCACGGUCCACCGCCCCCGGCAUUGGAGAAUCGGGUGCGACGUGGGGGCUGGGCAGCGCGCUCCCGGGGGAAACCGGGGUGCGCCAGGGGGCGCCUGGGCCAUCCCGCGCUAAUCUGGCCAGCGCACAGCCAGGCGGUCUCCUAGCGACCCGAGUGGCUGGGAAUACACACCACGAAGGCCCGGCUGUCGUCGCAGAGCCAGAGACACCAUGGACGACCACAAGCGGCUGUGUGGGCCCGGGGCGCCAACCCGCGUGCCAGUGGGCAGGGACUGCGGGCCCCGGUACAAAGAGAAUCUACCUUCCAAGUGUUACAGAAAGCACAAGCACAGGCCAACGUGCCCCACCUCCCUGAACAGUUUGCGAUGGAUAUUUGUGAAGGAAGGACUGGAUGACUUCCGUAAAGGCUGCCCACCUUGUGAGGGUCUGAUCACUCGGGGUCCUCAGGAGGCCUUUCUCCCCCAGAUUCAUCCCACAGCUCCUCGACCUGCCCCAAAGAAGAGACAGCACAGGUGGUCCAAGGAAGCAGCCUCGUUUUCCAAGCUCUCGCCAGCCCAGCAGGCCCAGAAGGCCUUCCUGGCGGAUGUUCAAGCCCAGCUGACCCCACACCCCUUGGCUCUCUACCCGAAUCUGGGGGAAGACAUGCCUGUUGAGCUCUUAUUAAAGGUGCUGGAAGUGCUGGAUCCCGUCAGGAAACUGGAGGACACCUGGGCUUAUUGUCAGGGCAUCAGGAAAAGAACAAAGGAACCGGCAAAACUUUUAAAAACACAUUCUACUGAAAUCCACCCGGGACCUCCCAAGAAGACUCCUGGGUCGCAUCCAGGUCAAUGGCUUUUUAAAGAAAAGAAGCCAAGUGAAACAGAUUUGCUACACCAAGAUGGUCCUCUUCUUCAUGAAAAUGUACGCAAAGGAGUUAGUGACUUCUGCAACUGGGCUACUUCUUUUGGAAGUUCAAACAUUGAUGAAGAGUUCAUCCUGAAACAGUUUGACAUUGACCACUGGAGCAAACCAAGCCAUGAUGUGCUCCACACAAUGAGACUCAACCAGGUUCCUCUGGAGCUAAAGAAACUGCGGGAGCCACGAUUUUUCCAGAAACUAGACUAUGAGCAGAAACACCAGAAACUGCAGAAUUCUUAUAAACCAAAGUAUGUGAAGAUGAAGUAUGGAGCCUGGUACCUGAACACCAAGUUGUGGAAAAAGCAAAGAGCAGACGAACCUUUGGUUGACCCUAAGGUCUCAUGUAAAGCUCAAGAUGAGAAUUUUAAAAAGGAGCUGCAGGAACGGGGGGAGUUACUUGCAGACCUUCAUGGAACAAUUGCCUUUAAGGAUUUCAUUCUAAGCAGGGGCUACAGGAUGCCGAGUGUGAGUAAAGGGUCAUUUCAGAAAGGCUUGCUGAGGGGCUCCCGGUUGUUGAUGGGGCAGAGUCAGCACCCUCUCCAAAGCAAAAUAUGGUUGAGUCUUGAACAACAUAGGCUUAAACUGUGGUCUACUUACACAUGAAUUUUUUUUUUUUUAUAAAUGUAGUAUGUUACUGUAAACAUAUUUUCUCUUCCUAUGAGUUUCUUAAUAACAUUUUUUCUUUAGCUUACUUUAAUGUAAGAAGACAGUCUAUAAUAAAUAUAAUACACAAAAUCUAUGUUAAUCAACUGUUUAUGUUAUCAGUAAGGCUUCUGGUCAACAGUAAGCUAUUGGUAAAGUCUUUGGGGAGUCAAAGCUUAUACACAAAGUUUCAGCUGAGUGGGGGGGUUGGUGCCCCCAACCCCUGUAGUAAUGUUCAAGGGUCAUUAGUACUUCUCAUACCAGGACUCAGGUUCCUGGAAGGAAGGGCAUGCUUUUCCCUAGACAAAGGCCCAGAGAUAGGAUUUGGCUUUUGCUUUUUUUAUUCUACCUAUUUGUUUUCUGCUGUCAGAGGUGCUGUCUUCCUGCCGACUCACCUGCCUGGAGUUUGGCCUUAAUGGGGGCAAAGUGGAAGGGGUCUAUGUGCAGGGCAUGUAUCUUGCAAACUCUGUUACUCAAACACUGUGAUGUCACUAGGAAGUCUUUGAGUGUCUUUUACUUCCACAUCUAAGGACAGAGAGCUAUGGGUGGGUCAGGACAAAAUGGAGUUGAGAUUCACAAUAGGAAUUAGCCUGUGUGGGUCAGCCUUGUAUGGAAACAGACUAGGGCAAAAGUUCACUUCCCAGGGGCCCACCAGUAUCUUCAUAUUUUUCCCACUUUCUCUCACCCUUCAUCUAGUUUCUCCUCUCUUAACUUGUAAAGCUAGCCCCAGCUGCCUCCCACUUGGAGCGGCCACCUUUGGAAGGCCAGUUGCAACAUGGGUGGGGUGGGAGGUUGGCAGGGUGGACCAUUUUUAGCAGGAGGGCCUCAGAGCCCAGAGUUCUGUGUCCAGACCAGCCCUGUCACCACAGCAAGAAACCAGCUAGUCAUGCUGCCAAAGUCAUAGCUGUUAAGUCAUGUGUUUAUUCAGGGCCCUCUGUGUGCACAUCCCAUGAGUCUUUAGGAAGCCGUGCAGCCAAGAUGGUCAGAAGGUUGGGAGAUGGGACGCUGGAUUUCUUUUUUCCCAUGAAUGAUACAACUAACAAUAGCUUAUACUUACUGGCAAAUAAAUAUAUUGACAAAACUCAGAUGCAGACUGGUUUCAAAGUUAAAUGUGAGGGUAAGUCUAGAGUGUGAGGAGAGAAGGGUGAAAAGACUCCAUUACAGAACUGGGAUGAGGGGUGCCUGGGUGGCUCAGUCGGUUAAGCAUCUGACUUUGGCUCAAGUCCUGAUCUCACAGUCUGUGGGUUCGAGCCCCAUGUUGGGCUCUGUGCUGACAGCUCAGAGCCUGGAGCCUGCUUCAGAUUCUGUGUCUCCCUCUCUCUCUGCCCCUCUCACUCAUGCUCUAUCUCUCUCUGUCUCUCAAAAAUAAAUAAAAGUUAAAAAAAAAAACUGGAUGAAAUAUCUCCUUUAGCUUUGAGUAUCAAUAAGAGGCCUGUGAGAUAUAUUUACCAUACUUAUAUACAUUUAUGUACUUAUAACUGCCUAAUCUGUAUGUGAAGGUCACACAAAUGUACAUUUACAUACUUACAUGUGUGAAAUAUACAAUAUGUUGAUAAUAUUUUAUAUGAUAACAUAAUUGCACAUAUUAUAGAUUUUAUAACAUAUAUAAAUGCACUU